AUGCCUGGGCAUAUUGAAUAUCAGCAUUCUGAGGCCAUUCCGCCUGAGGAAAUUCAAGAGCACGGUCCCUUCACAAUUUUUUCUGUGAGACGGCACAAAAAUUAUGAGAUUGUGAACCAAGCCGAGCAACAGGCCAGGAAGGACUGGGAAUACCAUAUCGGAGAUGGAAUUGCUCGCGAUUUCAAGGGAGUCGAGAACCCUGUGACAGGAACCUGGGAUUCGCUGAUUAUGCCGGAAUGUAGGCCCGAGCUAUUGUUCCCCGUCGCAUGGAUCACACAAACAUUCUUCUUUGUCGAUGGUCAGUAUUAUGUUUAUGAUGGCCGAUUUUAG